AUGCCAGAAUUCGCAGGCACAAUAAUUGGGGUUCCAGUACUCAAUGUGCCAGGGUUCCUGGAUUCUGUGCGCUCUUUUGAUGGACACGAUCUUAAUCGGCUGAUGCCAGGUAAUCCAAAUGGAGCAGCCCCGCAGCAAUACGCAUAUCGCGUGUUCCAAGAGAUCGUGAUGAAGAUGAAUUAUGUCUUUGAUCUCCACACGGCGUCUGCCGGCCGGCAGAACGCGUUGUAUGUUCGCGCCAACAUGAGCGAUGCCGUUAUCUGCGAGAUGGUAGCAGAUCCUGUGAUCAAAGGAGAUGUCAUAGCGGAAAUACACUCGGUCUUUGGUGAACUGCUCGAACGGUUUGUCGCUCCCAGUGAGCAUGCCACAGUGAUUGUUGGUCUAGAGUCUAACUCCAUUGCGAAAGUUGGCAAUCGAAUCGUUCACCUUGGGGCCAUUGGGGAUGAGUUUCUGCGCGAGAACGAAUACGUCGAGAGAUGGCAGAAGCUGCACGGAAAGCGCUUCGACUCCGAGGAGAAAGCUCGCAAGAAGCAGGCCCGUGAAGGCCACAAGGCCUCGAAGGAUGCCCAGAACCUGCGCGGUCUGCGGGCCAAGCUGCAUCAGCAGCAGCGCCACAAGGAGAAGAUCCAGAUGCGCAAGCGCAUCAAGGCCCAGGAGGAGAAGAACGUCAAGUCCAACACGGAAGCCGCCGAUCUGUCGUCCGCCGUGCCGCACUACCUGCUCGACCGGUCCGAGGCCACCAACGCCAAGGCCCUGUCCUCCGCCAUCAAGGACAAGCGUAACGAGAAGGCCGCCAAGUUCGCCGUGCCGAUUCCCAAAGUUCGCGGUAUCUCAGAGGAGGAGAUGUUCAAGGUGGUGAACACGGGCAAGAAGACUCACAAGAAGGCGUGGAAGCGAAUGAUCACGAAACCCACUUUCGUCGGUCAGGAUUUCACGAGACAGAAUGUGAAGUACGAGCGGUUUAUCCGACCCAUGGGUUUGCGUUACAAGAAGGCCAAUGUCACCCACCCCAAGCUCGGCGUUACGAUCCAGGUCCCUAUCCUCAAUGUCCAGAAGAACCCCAACAACCCGCUGUACACCCGUCUUGGAGUUUUGAGUCGGGGUACCAUCAUCGAAGUCAACGUCAGUGACCUGGGAAUGGUUACUACGUCAGGCAAGGUGGUUUGGGGUAAAUGGGCACAGGUUACCAACAACCCCGAGAACGACGGUUGCGUGAAUGCGGUUCUUCUUGUUUAA